UCCGGGCGGCGGGAGAAGCGGAGCCCCGCCCCGGCUGCCCGCUCGCCAUGGCGGCCCAGCUGCUGCUGCUGGUCCCGGCCCUGGGCAGCUUCCUCUUCACCUUCGGCACCGGCGUGGAGCUGAUCCGCUUCGCCUCGCUGCGCGCCGUGCUGCCCGGCGGGGGGCGGCCGGAGGCCACUUCCCCUGUGGAGUGGGGGGCCGCCCUGCGGGACCCCCGGGUGCUGCGGCCCCUGGCCGUGGACCUGGGCCUGGUGGUGCUCUUUGUGCUGCAGCACAGCCUCAUGGCCACCGCGCUGGUCAAGCGCUGGACCACCAGCUGCUUUGGGGUGCUGCAGAGAUCCUUCUACGUCUUCUGCACCGCCCUGGCCCUCCAGCUGCUGAUGCGGUACUGGCAACCUGUCCGGCAUGGCCCCCUGCUCUGGAACGCCUGCACAGAGCCUUGGGACACCUGGGUCCCGCUCAUCUGCUUCAUCCUGCACUUCAUCGCCUGGCUGGUUAUCUUCAGCGUCAUCCUCAUCUUCGACUAUGCUGAGCUCAUGGGAGUCAAACAGGUUUAUUACCACUGCCUGGGCAUGGGGGACCCGCUGGCACUGAAGUCCGUGCGGGCUGUGCGGCUCUAUUCUCACCUUCGCCACCCCGUCUACCUGGAGUUCCUGCUGGUGCUGUGGGCCGUGCCCUGCCUGGCUCUGGAUCGCCUCCUGCUGGCUGGCCUCUUCACCGCCUACCUGAGCUGCGGGCACAGCCUGGACCAGCAGGACUACCUCUACCUGCGGGCCCAGCUCGACAAGAAGUUCCUGGUCUUCUCCCGCGAGGAGGCAGCCUACGGGGACCUGCUGGCCCGCAAUGGCCCCGCGCUUGGCAAGGAGAGCUGAGGGGCCGGGGCCUGGGUCUCUGCCAUGCACUGAUGCCCUUAGGUCAAACACCCUGCACUAGUUACUGUAGGAUUAUCACUUCUGAGUGCCUAGCAUCCGCAGCAGCUUGCAAAACCAACCCCAUCCCUGCUCUAACCACUAGGCUCCACACCCUCCCAGACAGGGGGUAGAGCCCAGGAGUCCUGGCUCCCAGCUCCCCCUGCUCUAACCAUUAGAUCCCAGUCUCCUCUCAUAGGGUUUUAAGUUCUAUUCCCAGCUCUGGGACGGGAGUGGGGUCUAGUGGUUAGAGCGGGGUGGGAGCUGAGAGUCAGGACUUCUGAGUUUGAGGCCCAGCUCUGGGGGGGCAUGUGGUCUAGUGGGUUAGAACAGGGGAAGCUGGGAGUCAGGACUCCUGGGUUCUAUCCCCAGCUCUGGGAGGGGAGGAGGAGUCUAGUGGGUUAGAACAGGGGAGGCUGGGAGUCAGGACUCCUGGGUUCUAUCCCCAGCUCUGAGAAGAAAGGGGAGUCUAGUGGCUAGAGGGUUGGGUUGGGGCUUGGAGUCAGGACCCCCGGUUUUACCUGGCUGCUUUACCCAGUGUGUUUUGUUUCCAUCCGCAGUUGUGACUGCAAAAAGAUUCUCUGAAAAUGUUUUUUUAAAAAACAAAAUGAUGAUAAAUCUGUGCUUAAUUUAGUAACACACUGAGGCGGAUGCCUUAUCGGGGACCGGCCAGUUGAGAGGUGCAGUAAAUGGGACAUGAGGCCUUUCCCCUCUAGGAGGUGCCAGCUCCGCUCCCAGCCCCAGAGCAGGGGGACUGGCUGGCUCAGGGGAUUGAGUCAUGGGAUACGGGGCCUUUCCCCUCUUGGGGUGCCGGUUCCAGUUCCAUUCGCUAGUAACCAAAAGCCAUUCCCACCUACCAGCCAUUCUGUGCCCUAUGAAUCGAACUGAUGGGGAUCCAGCCAUCCACUUCAGGCACCUCUCCGCCCCCUGCUGGCAGCCUCAGCAGUUAUCAGAGGGCUGAACUGAGACACAUUAGUGAUGGGGGGCUGAGGGGGCAGCUUGUUCUGUCCCCAGAACCCCAGUCUUUGGGUCUCAGUGGGGGGGGGAGGAGAUUUUAACUGGACUUAGAGCUGGAUCCAAAGCCCAUGGGAGUCACUGGGAAGAUCUUGCUGGGCUUUGGCUCAGUCGUGAGACACUCCGUCUCCAAGUCCUGUGUUUUAUGGUUUCCCUUCCUCAUGCAGGAGGCUGGGACCCCUCUGGGCUGGGCAUGAAACGGGGUCAGGACUCCUGGGUUCUAUUCCUGGCUCUGGGAGGGGACCCCAGCCUUACACCAAUGCCUUAACCAGGAACCUUUUAUUUUUAAGUGCUGGGUUUUUUUAAUGUGUUGUUCUUAAUGCAAAGCUGAUAAAGUAUUUUUGUAUCUUGGAUUUUUGUGCAAUCUGAGAAAACAAUUUUUAAAAAAAAUAAAAAAAAGUCACUGCUUCUUUUACACACUUGUCUGCCUCCUGGGA